ACUGGGCGGCGGCCGCAAAGCCUGGAUCACCUUGAUGAGCGGAGAGACCUGCACCGGCGGCACCAUCUUGUCCGUGACCUCCGCACCGGAAGCACAACCCGCAGUCGGAAGAGGACGCCGCAAAGACCGCAAAGCCUUGGAGGCAAAGGCGGAGCUGGACGGACGCAUGCGCCGUCAGCAGCGAGAGAGCGGGACGGGAAGGCGGGGCGCGCCCCCUGGCGGCCGGAGGGUGACUGCGCGCUUCCGGGCGGCGGUGACCUCACGUGAAGCGCACGCGCACAAGGGCCGGGGCGUGCUUGGAUGACCACCGGCUGCUCCCGCGAGGUUGCUGUGUGAGGCGGUGUCUGCACCGAGUGGGCCGGGGGUUUCUUUUCGCCGCAGGGCUUGGGGUCGGCCGUCUCCCCGCGCCGCUGCUGAGGUCCUGUCGUGCGCGUCCUGGCCGUGUUUCCACACCCCAGACUGCGGACUGGGGCGCACUGUGUCUUCCUGCGGCGCGGAGCGUCCGGGACUUGAGGGGGCCAGAAGCAAGCCCCAGCCCUCCCCAGACCUCCUAUUGCUUGCUGAGGAAGCCGCAGGUGCGCACUGGAUCCACCAGGCACCAUUCUGGCCCUCAGCAAAGCCCCCACCUUCCACCAGGGCAGAUGGCCUCGGGCCAGCAGGAAGACCAAGAAGAAGGAAGGGGGUGCCCUCCGGGCCCAGAGAGCCUCAUCCAAUGUCUUCUCCAACUUCGAGCAGACUCAGAUCCAGGAGUUCAAGGAGGCAUUCACACUCAUGGAUCAGAACCGAGACGGCUUCAUUGACAAGGAGGACCUGAAGGACACCUACGCCUCCCUGGGCAAGACCAAUGUCAAGGACGAUGAGCUGGACGCCAUGCUCAAAGAGGCCUCGGGGCCCAUCAACUUCACCAUGUUUCUGAACCUGUUUGGGGAGAAGCUGAGUGGUACUGAUGCCGAGGAGACCAUUCUAAACGCCUUCAAGAUGCUGGACCCAGACGGGAAAGGGAAAAUCAACAAGGAGUACAUCAAGCGUCUGCUGAUGUCCCAGGCUGACAAGAUGACAGCGGAGGAGGUGGACCAGAUGUUCCAGUUCGCCUCCAUCGAUGCCGCGGGCAACCUGGACUACAAGGCGCUGAGCUACGUGAUCACCCACGGGGAGGAAAAGGAGGGGUGAGGCCCGGCCUGGUCAAUAAACCUGGACGCUAGGACCC